CAAUGGUGACAAUGGAGAGUGACGACAGUCUAAAGACAUGGGUAUCAGAUAAGUUGAUGUCUCUACUGGGAUAUUCUCAGCCCACAGUUGUCCAGUUCAUGAUUGGACUAUCCAAGCAAGCUAGUUCUCCAGCUCAUUUGGUGGGCAAACUAGUGGAGUUUGGGAUCUCGUCAAUGGACACUCAUGCAUUUGCGGAAGAAAUUUACUCAAGAGUUCCUCGUAGAUCAUCUGGUAUAAAUCUGCAAUGUUGGCGAGGAAGCAGAAGACUUACUCAAUUUUGAAGGCUGAUAACGAUAGUGACGAUGACUAUGUAGAUAAAUCUUCAGUAACUACUGCAUCAUCUAGAAGGUCUGACAACCAUAAAAAACGUUUCAGGAAGAAAACUAAAGUUCAAGAUGAUCAAGAUGAUGAGGCAAUGUGCUCAUAACCUAUUAGAUUCAUUUACAUAUUUCUUGCUCAUGGUAAUUUUGAGAAAGGAAAAGGAGAGACAAGUUAAGAGAAGAACUUCCCCUAAUGAAGUUAGUGAUUCUGAGUCCGAAGAAGAAAGAUUGAAAGAUCAAAGAGAGAAGGAGGAAUUAGAGCAGCAUAUGCGAGAAAGAGAUGCAGCAGGGACACGGAAGUUGACUGAACAAAAAUUAACACGAAAGGAGGAAGCUUGGAAGUCAGUUACUUGACCACAACUUCAAAGUUAUGAAGGAUGGCACAACUUCACCAUUUCAAUGGACGACUUGGAUUCGAUUUCAUGCAAAAUGGAUGAUGGAUGGUGGAUGGAGGGCUUCAAAGUCAUGAAACAUGUUACGACUUCACUAUUUGUUAACAGUCAACGUCUAAAUCGAACUUUUAGGAUUAAUUUUACAGGGAUUCAUAAAACUGAGGGAUCAAAUAUGUGAAUUAAAUUAUAGGAGACCAAAAUCGAAAUUGAAAUAAAACUGGAACAUCAAAAGUGCAAUUUAAUCAAUUAUUUUUGCCAAUUUGAUUUGGAAACUCGUAAGAAGAAGACAUUGGGGAGUGGUGCACCAUGCACUGCACUAAGUUCCUAUAAAUUUGC